CCCGCGAAAUAGAAUACACGUGUGGUGUAGACAGCAAAUUUACUGACAUACUAGAGUCAAUUGUGAAAAUACGAACAUUUCGUUUUGGCAAAGAUGGGUGCCUACCUAUCUAGUCCAAUCAUCGAUAAAAUUUCAAGUGAUAGAUCGGUAGAGAACUUCAGUUAUGGAGCAUCUUCCAUGCAAGGUUGGCGGAAAUCACAAGAGGAUGCCCACAACUGUUCUCCAGAAUUCGACAAAGACACAAACACAUCAUAUUUUGCUGUUUAUGAUGGACAUGGAGGUGCUGAAGUAGCCCAGUACUGUGGUAUGCAUUUGCCAGACUACCUCAAAUCAACAGAGGCGUACAUGAGUAGCAAUCUGUCUCAAGCCCUUGAGGACUCUUUCCUUGGGUUCGAUGAAAUGCUGACGAAGGAGGAGGUGAUCAAGGAGUUGAAAGUUUUGGCCGAUGUUGAGGAUGACGUUGAGGAGGAGGACGUCCAAGGAGAGAUUGAGGAAACUGUUAUGUUGAACGAGGAGGCUACAAUGCCCCUCGAGCAAGUUCUGGCAAAGUACGGCGGGGUGGAGAGUCUGUCACCUGGUGUUCGUGAAUUAUACAAGAAAAAUGAAAAAAUCCAGUCGCCCGCUUUGAAAGGAAAGAAAGAAUCAAAUGGUGAGGAGAAGUCAGGGGAACCAGUUGCUGGUUCAAGUUCAAGUUAUGCCAACUCCACUGUAAAUAGUAACAGCUCAGGAACACAGUUAGUAAACGGUCAUUCAGAAAAUGAGAACAAUGAAAAUAUGGAACGGGAGCAGGCCAACAAUGCACAAAAUUCUUCAGAGACUGCGACUACCAGUGAUACACACGCACAUGUAUCCUGCUCGGACAAUAAGAGCAAUCCAACAACGGAUUCUAAUCUCCAAGAACAGACCGUGAGCUCCUCGGACUCUGGUAGUAAAUCCGAACCCAGCUGCAGUAAUUCUAUAGCUGGUGGCGGUAAAUCGGACAUCAGUGGAGGCGGGGAACCUUUGGCGACAUCUUCGGCAGCUAUGUGCAGUGAGGCAGCUGGAAGUUCAAGUUCAGGAGAUGUUUGUUCAUCAGCUGGUUCAUCUUCUGAUGGCAUUUCUGGCUCAGCUGCAACUUCUGCAUCCGCUGGGAGUUCUUCGGGCCUGUCGGGCAGUUCUUCAGCAGCCCAACCGGGCGGUAGUGGUUCUUCAGCUGUUGGUUCAUCAGAUGUUGAUCCACAGCCUUGCUCCUCCAGCGGUCGCACCCACAAGGCUCGAGAACACAUUAUUCCAGAAGACGACGAGAGCGAAUCCAGUUUCAACAGUGAUGAAGAAGAAACUGAGGAAGAGGACAGUGAUGAGUUGUGUGAAGAUGACAGUGAGGAUGAUGAAGAUGAUGAGGGUGAAGCCGAUGAGGGUGAUGGACCCAUGUUUUCUUUUGUAGAACAGGUAGGGCCUGGUUCAAACAGUGGUACAACAGCAGUUGUAGCCCUUCUGAGAGACCGAGAACUCUUCGUAGCCAACGCUGGUGAUUCAAGAUGUGUGGUGUGCCGAGGAGGAGAGGCGAUCGACAUGUCUGUUGAUCAUAAACCUGAUGAUGAUAUCGAGAAGGCGAGAAUCACUGAAGCAGGCGGGAGGAUAUCAUGGGAUGGGCGAGUGAAUGGAGGACUGAAUUUAUCACGUGCCAUAGGGGACCACACCUACAAGAACAAUGAGUCUCUGCCCCUAAAAGACCAGAUGAUCUCAGCAUUACCCGACGUCAAGACCUUGAACCUAGGACCACAGGAUGAGUUCAUGGUACUGGCUUGUGAUGGCAUAUGGAAUUCAAUGACAAGUGCUGAGGUGGUUGCAUUUGUGAAGGAACGGAUGGACAAGGCAGACCGUCUAUCAUCAAUAUGUGAAGAGAUGUUUGACCAUUGUCUUUCACCCGACACCUAUGGUGACGGUACGGGCUGUGACAACAUGACCUGCAUUAUCAUCAAAUUCCAUUUCAAGGAUGCAUCGGUACCAAUAACUAGGAAACGCUCGGCAGUUGAGGAAGAUGAAACGGAGGACAUGGCAUCGAAAAAGUGUAAAGUGGACUCGGAAGGAACAGAGGUGUCAACCUCGUGAAUGGAAAUUUUCGGUCUGUGGUGAUUUUCAUCUUUUUUUCGAGGUGACUCUGCAUAAAUCAUAGUUUGAGGAGGGGAUGAGGCAUUGUUUUAAAAUGGACAGUCAGGUUAUCUUUCCUCCUGGACAACUGAUGUUAUUAGGGGCAUUAUUACAAAGGUGUUUGCUGCCCAGUAACCUUCCACAUAGAGUAGGACCUUCGUGUUGGACACACUCUAAAUGCCCAAAUUCAGCUUACUACCCAUUUUGGUGUGAUGAGUCACUUAUGUUAGAAAGUGUUGAAUGGGCCUUUUCCAGGAGCUAUAAAGUGAAGUUUGCUUGUAUAGUGCCAGCCCUGCUGAAAGUGCCAGCAAUAUUUGGUUCAUGUGACAAAUUUUACUUUAAAAGUCCUAUCUCUAAUGCCAGGUACCUGGCCAAAGGGCAGUUUGUACCCUAAAUUUAACAAACUAGCAGCUAUAAAUCAGUGUGACUGUAAGAUGUCACACUGGUGUCAGUUGGGAGGUCUGUAUUGAUAGUUUGUUCGAAAGAUCGCAGAGAGGGCUUUAAAAUCUCCACGAUUGUUUGUCACACACUGGAUUAAAUAAUUUUUUAAAACUUUCUAAAUUGAACAUUUGUUUGAAACUUUUGUUAUUAAAUGCAUUAUGCAGAAAGGUUGCAAAACAAAAUAAAAAAAUGUGCUAUUUGCAUUUGUGAAAACCCAGUCAAGCAUAAGUCUUGAUUUCUUAUCAAAUUUAUUGUGUUUAUCAUUAGUACUGAAUCAUUUCGUCUGAUUUCUGUUACUAAUAUCAUUAGGAACAUUGUUGAAAAUAUUUGUUAAACUUGGCAUUUAUGCAGAUCUUCAUGGAAAAUUUGUGUUGUAUAGUUAUCAAGAAUGAUAUUUAAAUAUCAUUUAAUAAAGAAAGAA